AUGUCUGACCAAAACGUCCACAACGCUGGUUUCACUCCCUCUGGGAUCAGCAGAGGAUCACUUGCUUCAUCAAUGAUGUCCCAGGAAGCAAGAGCAUCUGGGGGCGGCGUGCAUUCAGGAGGCCCUACUGCUACUCUCCAAGAAAUGGGUGCAAGAGGCUCAACCCAUUCAUCAGGCUUUACCAGCAGCGGGAUCUCCAGUGGAUCCCAGGCCUCCCAGAUGAUGUCUCAGGAGGCCAGAUCUCAUGGAGGUGAAACUCCCAGGGGUGGUACAACUUCCACUGUCCAGUCCAUCUCAAUGGGUGGCAAAGGAGGAAGACACUGAAUAGCAGAAAAGCAUCGGUCCAGAACCAAGCUCUGCAAGCAGUUCAUCCUUUAACAACAGAGUCAUUAUUUCAGCUUCUCCCCUUCUUUGCUCUCCCCAUCACUGACAUGAAAGGCAAA